CGGUCCCUUCCUUCAAGCCUUUUCUUUUUGCGCACGCUGUUGUAGGACCGCCAUUAGGCUUGCGUUGUGUGUGGCCUGUUCAGAACAAAGCCUCCUAGCGCUGUUCGAGAAAAAAUGCCACCCCAACACUCCCAGGAGGCUGCGUGCGAAACCAGCCCGGGGAGCAGCUUUCCGGAGACCAGCGUACGGUGCCGUCAGCUGCUUUGCAGAUGCCUAGUACAGCGGGAUCCUGCUGCAAUGAACUGCCCAUGGAUGGGGAGGGGCAGGGUGGAAGGAAACCUGGAGAGAUGUGUGCCGGGGGAAGCAGUUGGGGGCACAACUGGGGAUGAUGAAGUUUGAAGCUGGUGUCUUGGAAUCAUAGAAAAGAUGGACUGGAAGGAAGCUCCAGAGGUCACGUCUUGUCUAACCCGCUGCUUGAGACAUGGUCAGCCCUGUGCAAACCAGUCCAGAUGCAUCCAUCAUCUGAAAUUUUCAUAAAACUACCAUCAACCCUGACACAGCAGCAGACAUCACGCUCCACCCUGUCACAGGGAAAGCAGGGGAGCCGCAGCAGCCACCAUCCUGCUGCUGCGCAGGCCCCGGAUGAAGGUGCCCUGAUGACCCUCGCAGAGACCCUGAAGGAACACAGCGUCGACCACGAAAUGUGGAUUGAGCAGCCGGAAAACAUCGCUACCUGCAUCGCGCUCCGGCCCUACCCCAAGGACCAAGUGCACCAGUACCUGAAGAAGUUCAAGCUGCUCAAGUGACCCGUGCCCUGGCUUUGCCCCGCGUCAUGCAGACCUGACCGGAGCACACGACGUUCCUCCAGGGACCAAGAUGGGCUCAGCAGAGUCACGUGUGUCUUAGCGGUGCCGUUUCAAGGCACUUCUGCUCCAGACCACGUGAAGCUCCUACUGUGUCUCGCUCCUCACUGUAAAUGGCUGUAGCUGGUGCUUGUCAGGGCAGCUGAUUAAAUAUCCACGUCUUCACUCA